CCCUGCCCAUGGAGAGACAGCUGAUUGGGCUUUUCCAACUCUGUGGCCCUUAAAAGAAGGAAGCCUCUGCUGGAAGUUGGUGUGGGCACUUCACAGGAGAUGUCAGGAUGAGCUUUCCCAGGAAGACCCAUAGCACACUAGCCUGGGCCAUUUUUCUUUAUUCUGGAGCCUCCUAGAGUCUGAAACUAUUUUGUCAAGGUGACCUAUGGAAGAUGAAAACCCAACUGGCCCCCCAUCAGGAGAAGGGUCGGAAGAAACUGGAGACGCCCCUCAUGACUUCCAGGCAGGGAGUUGGGAGGAAUCCUUGCCAAGGAGACCAAGAGAACAGGCUAGACAGGAACACAAGGAGAGACAGGAUCAGACCCAGGAAGCCCAAAGGGAGGAGUUCCUGGAGGGAAUGGAGGGACUGCAAUUGCUCACAGAAGCCUCAGGCCAGCUGAAGGCUAAAGCAUUGCUGCACUCCAUGGAGUUAGAGACGGAAGCCUGCCAGCCUCCCCCACUGAUGCCGGAGGGGGCUGCACUCUGCAAUGACCCUCCAGCACUCUUGGCUACUUCCAAACAAAACACUAAAGCCUGCCAAUCUAAGAGAAAAAGAGUUGUGAGGCACCUUGACAAAAAACAAACACUUCACAGGAAAACAUUUAAAUGCUCAGUUUGUGGAGAAACUUUCAGGUGCUGCUCACAUCUUACUAAGCAUCAUAGAAUGCACAGAGGAGAGAAUCCAUAUCGGUGCUUGCAGUGUGGAAAGAGCUUUUCUCAUAUCUGGCACCUUAUUUCCCAUGAAAGAACCCAUACAAGGGAGAAGCCAUAUAAGUGUUCUGACUGUGGGAAAUGCUUCAGGUUGAAAACUGACCUUACUAGACAUCAAAGAAUUCACACAGGAGAGAAACCAUAUACAUGCUUGCAGUGUGGGAAAAGCUUUGCUCAGAAACCUUAUCUUACUAUACAUCAAAGAAUCCAUACAGGGGAGAAACCAUAUGCAUGCUUGCAGUGUGGGAAAAGCUUCAGGUGGAAAAUUAGUCUUACUAGACAUCAAAGAAUUCACAGAGGGAAGAAACCAUAUGCAUGCUGGCAGUGUGGGAAAAGCUUUGCUCAGAAAACUGAUCUCACUAGACAUCAAAGAACCCACACAAAAGAAAAACCAUAUACAUGUUUUCAAUGUGGAAGAAGCUUUGCUCAGAAAUCUAAUCUUACUAGACAUCAAAGAAUCCACACUGGGGAGAAACCAUAUGCAUGCUUGCAGUGUGGGAAAAGCUUUGCUCAGAAACAUCAUCUUACUAUUCAUCAAACAACCCAUGAAGUGAAGAAACCACAGACAUUAUUUGAUGGUGAAGAGAGUUUUUGUGACAAGUUGAGCCUUCAUGCACAUGAAAGAAGCCAUCGAAGAAAGAUAUUCUACAAAUGCUCACACUGUACCAAGAUAUUUGGUGAUAAAUCAAGUCUUAAUGACCACGAGAGAAUACACACUGGAGAAAAAGGUUCUUUGCCCCUUGGAAUGCAGAAAGAUCCUCAGUAGCCCAUGCUACUCUUCUAUUGAUGGAAUCCACACAAAGCAAACUAUGCCUGUUUGUCCCAAUACAACUACAUUAUGAGGUGCGGAUGGGGAUGUUUUUUGAGUGUCCUACAUUUCUGAGCCUUGGAAGCUUCAGGGUUUGGAGCAGAGCCUUCUUACAGGCUGCUCAGUGAGGAAUUCCAUGAGUUUUUAUCAUUUUUGAAGGUUUUAAUAGAGACCUUUAGUGUGCUGGGUUCAAUACUAUGAAAUGUUUUGAUUAAAAAGGGAGAACAAUGUGAUACGUCUAGCUUUUAGCAUUGAUGGAAAAAUUGCAGCUAUCAUCUUCUGAGAGAUCUGGGCUUCCUACCAAUAGAGAAGACCCAUUGUUCAGCUUGCACUGUAGGCUGUUCUGACACCUGGCGAAUUCUACAUCUGAUCAUAUCUCCAAUCCUGUAUCUUGGAAAAUGCAACUGCAGUGUGAAUUCAUGAGGAAGAAGAGGGAAGUUGGAAAGUCUUUUCCUCCAGCAUUCAGUUGCAAUGGGACGGGAAUGGUUGCUGCUUUUAAAAAUUAUUUUUGAAUAUGAGGAUUGGAAUGUAUUUCCUCUGCUUAUAAAUAAAAUUGGAUGUAUUUUUCUCA